AUGGGCAACGGUCAGGGAAAGCCUGUGGAUUUCACCGGCGACGUGAGUCUGAAUCAUUUCCGACUCUUACGUGUCGUCGGCCGAGGCGCUUUUGGAAAAGUUCGCAUUGUCGAACGUCGGGAUACCAAUUUAUCUUUCGCCCUCAAAUAUAUUCGCAAGGAUGAAGUUGUACGGUCGGAAAGCGUCCGAAACAUCAUCCGCGAGCGUCGAAUGCUUGAGCAUGUCAAUCACCCCUUUAUCUGUAACUUGCGAUACAGCUUCCAGGAUAUUGAGUACAUGUAUUUGGUCGUCGAUUUGAUGACCGGUGGUGACUUGAGAUUUCAUAUUUCACGCAAGACUUUCACAGAAGAGGCUGUUCGAUUCUGGAUUGCAGAAUUGGGCUGUGCCUUGCGCUAUAUUCAUGGGCAAAACAUCAUCCACAGGGAUGUGAAACCCGAUAAUGUUCUUCUUGACGCCGAUGGCCAUGUCCAUCUGACGGAUUUCAAUGUUGCAUCAGAUAUCAUUCCUGGCAAAGUCCUAACUAGUAAAUCCGGUACUCUUGCCUACCUUGCUCCAGAAGUCUACGCCGGCAAAGGAUAUGAUGUCCGCGCAGAUUGGUGGUCAUUAGGAGUUUUGUUCUAUGAGUGCAUCUACAAUAAGCGGCCAUUCGAAGGAAACUCCGAGAAAUCGCUUGGAGAACAGAUUCAGUCAGCAAACCCUAAAUACCCAGUCACCCAACCUCCUGUCUCUCUAGGCUGUCUAUAUGCCAUUGGCGCCGCCCUCGAUCCGGUUCCCAGCAAGCGAAUGGGUCACACUUGGGAAAGUUUUAUCAAUAACGACUUUUUCAGAGUUCUGGAUUUUGAUCUGUUGGAACAAAAACGAAUCGAGCCAGUGUUUGUACCCUCAUCCGACAAGACCAAUUUCGACGCUACGUACGACUUGGAAGAACUUCUCCUCGAAGAGGCCCCCUUGGAGGCUCGUGCCCGUCGCCAGAAGCCAAGAGAAAGACUAAAAGAAGAUGCCACCGAGAAGGAGAUCAAGGAAGACAACCUUUACCGGACGAUAGAGACGGAUUUCAGACCCUUCGAUUACACGAUUGCCGCAUACAAGAAGAUCACGGAGGCAUCCAGACGGAUAAGCGAUGAUCCCCAACACGAGCCUGCAUCACCUGAACAGGGUGAACAGAGUGGUCAGGCGUUGACCACUGACGAAGCAGCCCCGGCACCAGCUAUGAAUGGCCAAAGCCACGAUCAAAGCCAGUCGAGCACCGUUUCUUCACCGACUGCGGCUUCAGAAAGCACCCAGCGACCAGCUGGCCGACCUGUCCCACCACCGCUACCAACUGCCUAUCAGACUGAAUAUGUCUCGAGGUCUUCUCGAACCGGAGGCAAUCGUGUCACCAGCCCUACCGGAGGUGUUCAGGUCACCUUGGAUGGCGGCGGCAGCUGGUCUGAGCUUGCUCGACAGGAUGCCACGCUACCAACAGAUGCAAACGCUGCUGGUGAGGCUAAAGGCGAAGGUUCCAGUGGAAUGUUUGGCUUCUUGAGAAGCAAAAAGGGAAGAAACAACAGUCCACGCCCAAAGGAGAGAGGCGUCCUAGGGAAGGAAGGUGCCAGAAUUGUCAUUGGCUGA